UUUGUGUUGAAAAAUUGCAGACUGUGUGCAGUGUGUACGGUAUUUCAUAAGUCAAAAGCCGAAUCGCGUAGUAAAACCGCUACGAACGACUGUUCCUUUCCGGUAAUCGGGUACCUCUGUACAACUUCCAUCCUCGAUCAAGGGCGCAGUUGAUAGCUGCGUUGUUCGAACUGUAACUUCGACAUUGCUAUGAUGCUCGCUUCCGCCGUACGUAAUUUGUCCCGUCGGUCAUUCUCGACCUCCAAAGCGGUUUCGGCCCAGCAGUUGACCGUCCGCGAUGCCCUUAACGCAGCGCUCGACGAGGAAAUGGAGAGGGACGAGAAAGUGUUCCUGCUCGGUGAAGAAGUGGCCCAGUAUGAUGGUGCGUACAAGGUUUCCCGCGGACUAUGGAAGAAGUACGGCGAUAAGCGAGUAAUCGAUACUCCGAUUACGGAAAUGGGAUUUGCCGGUAUUGCCGUUGGCGCAGCAAUGGCCGGACUACGCCCGGUCUGCGAAUUCAUGACAUUCAACUUUUCGAUGCAGGCCAUCGAUCAUGUUAUAAACUCGGCAGCCAAAACAUUCUACAUGUCUGCUGGUACGGUUAACGUGCCGAUUGUGUUCCGCGGUCCUAAUGGAGCAGCGGCAGGUGUAGCGGCUCAGCAUUCGCAAUGUUUUGGUGCCUGGUAUUCGCACUGUCCGGGCCUGAAAGUUGUAUCGCCCUAUGAUAGCGAAGAUGCGAAAGGUUUGCUGAAGGCUGCCAUUCGCGACCCAGAUCCGGUUGUUGUACUGGAAAACGAAAUGGUGUACGGUGUGAGCUAUCCUGUUUCGGAUCAAGUUUUGGACAAGAACUUUGUGCUGCCGAUUGGCAAGGCCAAGAUAAUGCGCCCUGGCAAGCACAUCACCCUUGUGGCUCACUCAAAGUCCGUCGAAACCGCCAUGCUGGCAGCCAACGAACUAGCGGGCAAAGGUAUUGAAGCAGAAGUCAUUAACCUACGAUCACUGCGUCCAUUGGACUCGGAAACUAUUUUCAAGUCCGUACAAAAGACUCACCAUCUCGUAACGGUAGAGCAAGGAUGGCCCCAGGGUGGCAUUGGUUCAGAAAUUUGUGCACGUAUCAUGGAGCACGAGACAUUCUUCCACCUGGACGCUCCGAUAUGGCGUGUAACUGGCGCCGACGUCCCUAUGCCUUACGCUAAGACUCUUGAAGCUGCUGCUCUUCCACAAGUACCUGAUGUUGUCACUGCCGUUAAUAAGGUGCUAGGUGUGAAGUAAAUCUCAAUCCUAUCCAUUCAAUAACGUGUUCUUCGCGGCUUAGAAAAAAAGAUAAAUGAAAAGAGGUUAAAGAUGAUUUCGAUGAUACGAUGCAUAUUAAAGUUCGAUUGGCAACGAUAUUCAGGUGAUUAGUUUUGGCUUAAUUCUGUUGUUUUUAAAGCAUUGCAGUUUUUUUUCGUUUGGAAUUUGAAUCUUUAAGAUGUUGCAAAAUGUCUACAUUGCUCGCGCCGUAAAUAGCAAACUGUGUAUUUCAUAUGAGUCUUUUGAAGACUUAGGAUAAGAUAUGUGAGAGACCGAAAAAAAACCUUGCUGAAACUAUAAUUUAUUAUAAUUUGAUAGAGAUUUUAAUUUUCCUACACAUCACAAUAUGCCAAGGGCAUUUCACAGUCGAUGCAGCCAUAUACGAGACGUGUAGUCUUUACAAAAAGAAAUACUAGUAUGCUUCAUUGCAUUGGGAAUCUUUUUUCUAGAAACUCACUCAUAAGCCAGCUAGCUAUAUGCCGCCCAAGAAUAUAACGAUCCAUUAUUCCAUCAAAAGAAAUAAGGUAGCAGCGGACAACAAAUUGUAAAUAAACUAGCUACGUUACACUAUCGAGCUGUUGAAUGAACCCAAGAUUGCAUCUAAAUUACGAACAAACAACACAACGCAGUACAACGGAAAUGAAAAAUCUCAUCAACUGUUUCACUCGGUACGAUGAAUGCAAUAGAAGUUAUGACUAAUAAAUCUAGUUGAAAGAUACUAUGCUCAGGACUAUA